AUGACAUCUAAGGACGGAGGAAAAGAGGAGAAUGUUCAAGCUAACGCCAUGCCGCUCGAGAGAAUGAACAAAAAUGGAGAAAACACAACAUGCAGCAGCACCGACAGCAGCACGACGGCGAAGAACCUGGCACUCCUCAAAGCACACUCUCUCGACGUGAAGUUUGACGUGGGCGAAGAGUAUGACAUCAUUGAAACGAUUGGGACCGGUGCAUAUGGGGUUGUUUCAUCGGCCCGACGGCGGGACAACGGUCAGCAGGUUGCGAUCAAGAAAAUCUCCAACGCUUUUGAAGUGGUGACAAACGCCAAGCGGACUUUACGAGAGCUGAAGAUACUGAAACAUUUUAAACAUGAUAAUAUAAUUGCCAUCAAAGACAUUCUCCAGCCAAACCUCCCUCACUCUGCCUUCAAGUCUGUGUAUGUGGUGCUCGACCUUAUGGAAAGUGACUUGCAUCAGAUCAUCCACUCUGGGCAGCCUUUGACCCCAGAGCACACGCGAUACUUUCUCUACCAGCUCCUCCGUGGCCUUAAGUACGUGCAUUCUGCCAACGUCAUCCACCGCGACCUCAAACCCUCCAACCUUCUCGUUAAUGAAAACUGCGAGUUAAAGAUUGGCGACUUCGGCAUGGCUCGCGGUCUCAGCACUCACCCGGAAGAGUCUCAUUCUUUCAUGACCGAAUACGUGGCGACUCGCUGGUAUCGUGCUCCCGAACUGCUUCUCUCUCUCAAUCACUACACUCUGGCCAUCGACUUGUGGUCCGUAGGCUGUAUUUUUGCCGAGAUGCUAGGGCGAAAGCAGCUGUUUCCGGGAAAGCACUACGUCCACCAGCUCCAGCUCAUUCUGUCCGUGUUGGGGACCCCUCCUGAGGGUUUGAUUGGUGCUAUAAGGGCAGACCGGGUGCGAUCCUACGUCCAGAGUCUUCCGUCACGCUCCGCUGUUCCCUUGGACAAACUGUACCCACAGACUGAACCCGAGGCAUUGGACCUGUUGAGAGCCAUGCUACGUUUUGAUCCACGCGAGAGGAUCAGCGUGACGCAAGCCCUGGAGCACCCAUACCUCUCCAAGUACCAUGACACUGACGACGAGCCAAUCUGCGUGCCAGCGUUUGACUUUGAGUUUGAUAAGCUCCCGAUAAACAAAGAACAGAUUAAAGAAGCCAUUUUGAUGGAAAUUCAAGACUUUCACCGUAAUAAAAAGGGCUGUCGUCAGAGGCUCCAGUUCAGGCCUUUGGUGAGGGUCAACGGUGGAGGUUCACAUCCAGCUCACUGUGUUAACCAGCUCACCACUCAGGUCCCUACUGUCUCAGCAGAUAUGGUACCUACUGCACAACAAACCAACACUGUCACAUCUCAGCAAGAGCAAGCACCAGCAAAAGAGAAGCCCACCUUUACCUUAAGCAAGCCCUGCUCUCUGUUAGAAGCAGCCUCCUCUCAUGUGCAACAUAACCUGCCUCUGCUCACAAAGGCUGAGAGUGGCCCAGUUGACGUGGACAUGCCCAGUGCCAGCUCCGAUAGCGGUCAACCAGAGACCAUAGAUCUGACCACGCCAGUGUCUAAUCAGGAGGCUGCCCCAGAAACUAUGAGAGACAAUGAGACACCGGAGAGACUGGCCAGCAGCCAGACCUCUGUGACUCAGCCCUCCCAGAGCCAGUCCAUGACCCAAGCCCCCUCCUCUAUUUCUGCAGCGCCAGCAUCAACACUUGGGACUGUACCCACGACUGUGCCUUCACUGUCUCUGACUGCAGCACAGGCACAAUCUCUGUCCCAGUCUCUGUCACAGUCCCUGUCCAAAAACACCAGAAGUCUGACAAACGCAGAAGGAACCAGGAAAGAAGGGGCGAUUUCAGAAGACACCAAAGCUGCACUUAAAGCAGCCAUUUUGAAAUCUGCUCUUAGAAAUAAAGCCAGAGGUGAUGGAAGUUUACUGAGCACCGACACCGCUUCAGCAGGUGCGUCGUGCUCCUCGGCUCUCUCGGAGUCGCGGCGGCCCGUCACGGCUCAGGAACGCCAGCGAGAGCGGGAGGAGAAGAGAAGGAAGCGGCAGGAGCGCGCCAAAGAGCGGGAGAGGAAGCUGAAGGAGAAGGAGCGCCGGGAAGGGAAGCAGGGGGACUCUCUGGGCGGAGUCCUGCUCAGCGACAACGACAAAAGCCUCCUCCAGCGCUGGGCCAAGAUGAUAGACCGACGUGGAGAGAAACCCAACUGCACUGGAAACGAAGGGACGUCCAAAGACUGUAACAUGAACUUUAACGUGACCAUGAACGACAAGUCUCGAGCAGCACUGAACAAGCACGACACGGAGCAUAUGAAGAUGCCACCUCACGAUCAACUCACUCACGUCAAACCCAACCAGACUGUGAUUUUCCAGCCGACGGGCGCGCAACAGCCUCCAAUUAUGUUCUCUAUCGGGCAAAGCAAGCCCCAGACAGACAUACUGGUCAUCAGCGGAGGAAUAGACCUGGUAACGGUCCCGGGAUUUGUGAAAAACGGUCCGAAUUUAGACUCGAGGCCACCGCAGCCGCAGAGAAUAGUCCAGCCUCCUCCAGCCAGUUUUAUCUCACCUCCAAAUCAAACCCAGACAGAGGCAAUAGAUGGUUUCUUAAGCAAAGCGGCAAACGCAGGGGAAGCGAGUAUAGGGCAUAGGAAAAUCGCCAAUCGGAGUAGUAUGUCCACGCAGUGCAAUAGUUCGAAUACAGACGUGGAGAAGCCGUGUCCGUCAGCGGGGGAGAAGGCAGGGUCUCAGUCGCACCAGCGCCUCGGGUUCACGGAUACAGGCCAGCAGGGUCCACCGGCGGCUCCAGACAUACACACAGUGACGCUCCAGCUUUCCAAGUCCCAGGUGGAGGACGUGUUGCCACCGGUGUUCUCGGUGACGCCCAAAGGCAGCGGCGCGGGAUACGGUGUGGGGUUCGACCUCGACGACCUGUUGAACCAGUCGCUCACAGAUCUGCAACACUGCGACCGCGACAGUUUUGACUCUGCGCCGCUGUCCGCCUCCCUCCUGUCGGACUGGAGCGAGGUUCACCGCAUGACUCUGGCAGAUCUGGAGUCUCUGCAGCAGGAGCUACAACUGGGCUCUCCCAUGAUCCUCUCUGACACCAUCCCCCCUGACGCCUGA